UCAAGUACCGAUACCACAGGUGUUGUUAUUACUUCCUACUUGACAAAAGCAAAAAAGAUUCAGUGAUCAAUGAAGAGCAAUGAUAAAAACUUUAAGGAUUUUGUAGAAGUUUGACUCUAAACAGACAACAGAAUUUUGUGAUUAUUGUGUUUGUUUUAUUUUUUCUUAAAGUUUUUUUUUGAGCUGGAGCUCAAACAGUGAAAAUGGAUUCACUCACUGUAGAACUUUCUUGCCCUGUGUGCCUUGAAAUCUUUAAGGAUCCUCUUCAAUUAUCAUGCAAUCACAAUGUCUGUAAAGAGUGUCUGCAACAGCUGUGGAGAACCAAGGAAACUCGGGAGUGUCCUGUCUGCGGGGGAACAUCCUCAAAAAAUCCUUCCUGUAAUCUUGUGUUAAAAAACUUGUGCAAGUCAUUCCUGAAGGAGAGAAAUAAGAGGUGUUUAGCAGGGUCUGAAGAGAUCUGCAGUUUACAUGGUAAGAAACUCAAACUCGUCUGUCUGGAGGACAAACAGCCUGUGUGUUCAGUGUGCAGAAAUACACAGAAAUAUGCCAAUCAAACGUUCAGACCCAUCAGUGAAGUUGUUCCAUCAUACAAGGAGGAGCUCAAUGCAGCACUGAAGUCCUUUCAAGAGAAACUUAAACAGAAAGAAAACCUUAAAAGAGAGUUUGAGAAAACAGUUCAACAUAUCAGGUCUCAAGCUGAAUACACAGAGAAUCAGAUUAAAGAGCAGUUUAAGAAGCUUCGUCAGUUUCUUAGAGAUGAAGAAACAUCUACAAUUAUUGCACUGAGGGAGGAAGAGGACCAGAAGAAGCAGAAUAUGAAGGAAAACCUGGAUGAUAUGAACAGACAAAUCUUAGCUCUUUCACACACUAUCAGAGAUUUGGAGGAGACAAUGAAGGCUAAUGACGUCUGCUUUCUAAAGAAGUUUCCAGUCACGAUGGAAAGAGUCCAGAUCUCACAGCCAGAUCCACAGAUGCCUUCUGGAGUUUUAAUUUAUGUGCCCCGUUACUUGGGCAACCUGCCAUACAGAGUCUGGAAGAAAAUGCUGAACUCUGUCCAAAAGACUCCUGUGACUCUGGAUCCAAACACGGCUAAUCCACAUCUCAUCCUGUCUAAUGAUCUGACGCGUGUCAAAUACAUUUGGGAUAAACAACAGCUUCCUGAUAAUCAAGAGAGAUUUGACAUCUGUGGGUGUGUUCUGGGUUCAGAGGGUUUUAACUCAGGAAUGCACUUCUGGGAAGUCAAGGUUGAAGAGAGUGAAUGCUGGAGUCUUGGAGUAACUACAGAAUUAAAUCAAAGGAAAGGACGUGAUUUCUGUAACUCUAAUGUCUGGUGUGUGCAGUAUGAUCCAUACAGACUGCUUGGGCCUGGUUUUCCUGUUAAACAGGAGCUUAAGUGUGUGAGAGUUGAUCUGGACUAUGAUGGAGGAACAGUAUCAUUCUCUGAUCCUGUAACUUACACGCAUAUACACACAUUCACAACCACCUUCACUGACGUCAUCUUUCCAUUUUUCUGUAAUCUUGAUGAACUUAACUGUCUCCAGAUUUUACCAGUUAAACUGUAAAAAAAAAAAAAAAUCACUGAAGCAUCAUCCGAUCUUGUUAAUUAAUAAAUUUAAAUGCAUAUACUUGUGCCAUCUUAUGUAACAGACACGCCAGGCUCCAACACCAACCUAUCACAGCGCACACCCUCACCAGAAUACUUAUCAUACCCACCUGCUCCUCAUCCACCUGCAAUCAAGCCACUCCCAUAAAAAAACAUGCACUCAGUAACCAUCCGGUCCCAUUCGCAACUAGGUCAAUACCUACCUGCUUAAUCUAAGGACUAAUUCAUUACUCUGCUUACCUCUCUCCAGCGUCUCCCAGUCUCCAUCGUGUGCGUGUGUGUGUACACUACCUCCAGCGUCUCAUGCUCACAACCUCCGGAUCCCUUCAAUUCUCCAGCCUCCAGCACCAUAUCCUCACAUUCACUACCUGCUCCUCGGCUUGUGCCUAAAUAAACCGUGUUCUCCUGUUAUUACAGUCUCCUGUCCCUCCUGUACCGUAACAGAAGUUUGGACCAAGACCGAUCAGCACAAGCAUGAGCCUCACGGACCCCUUCCAAGACAUUGUUGAUGCUUUGUGUUGCACCCUCACUUACCUUCCAGCAUCCCCAUCACCUACGAGCACUUCCUGUAACAACACCACCACUUCUUCACCCGUCGUGCAUGCCAGCCCCAUGGUCAAGCCGGCACCCUUCUCUGGUUCGGCGGAGGAUUGCAGCGGAUUCUUACUCCAAUGCUCGCUGGUCCUGGAGAUGGAAUGGCAAAGACGGCUGGCCCAGAAUCUCUGCCUCUAUUGUGGAUCCCCGGGGUCAUCAUAACAUGUUUAACCACACUUUCCGUUACUUUGGCAUUCCCGAGGAAAUCAUCUCCGACAGAAGCCCCCAGUUCAUCUCCCGCUUUUGGAGAGCUGUGGCCGUCAGCCUGUCCUCUGGAUACCAUCCCCAGUCCAACGAGCAGACGGAGAAGAAGAUACAGGAGAUCGGCCGCUUCCUGCGUACCUUCUGCCAUGGCCACCAGCACUCUUGGAACCAGUUCCUAGGGUGGGCCAAGUAUGCGCAGAACUCUCUACGUCAACCUUUUACCGGACUCACUUUAUUCCAGUGCGUGCUCGGCAACCAGCCACUGUCUGGGACACGGCCCACCACCAGCUACAAUGGGCCCUAAGUAGGGGCAGGAUUACAGCCGACCUUCGCCGCUCUGACGCCCCAGCAUACCAACCUGGACAGAAGGUCUGGCUGUCAACCCGUGACAUCCGCCUGCACCUACCAUGCCGCAAAUUAAGUCCCAGAUUCAUUGGCCCAUUCAACAUCGCAGAGCAGAUCAACCCGGUCACCUUCAAACUCAACCUUUCCCCUGAGUAUCAGAUCCACCCCACAUUCCAUGUCUCACUCCUUAAACCUCACCAUCCUUCUGUCUGCCUCUCCACAGAGCAUAUGGUGGCAUGCCCCGGGGUCGGCAAACCUCUUCCAUCAGCUUCUCUCUCUCUCUCUCUCUUAUGUCACGGUCAUUACGUGAACUUUACGUAUUAUUGGGAAUUAAAUUAAUUGGAACCAGCGUCUUUCAUCCUCAAACGGACGGGCUGGUCGAACGUUUUAAUCGCACACUUACGACAAUGAUUCGUGAAUUCAUUCUCGCUGUGCGAGAGGUCCCAAGCCUCAAUGGGGUUUUCCCCCUUAGAGUUGCUCUAUGGUCACCAGCCAAGGGGGGUGCUGGACGUCAUAAGAGAGACUUGGGAAGACAGACUUUCUCAAUCUAACAACGAAAUUCAGUCUGUGAUGCACCUGAGAACAAAACUCCACACUUUGGGGUGGCUCUCUAUGGAGAAUUUGUUACAGGACCAGAACAAACAGAGCCGGCUGUAUAACAGGGGAACCAAUUUGCAUAAAUUUGCACUGGGAGAUAAAGUGCCUGUAUUACUCCCAACGUCAAGUUCAAAAUUAAUUGCAAAGUGGCAAAGUGGCUCGUUUUUGGACUUAACAAAGGGCUAUUGGCAGAUCCUCUUGUCUCCAUUAUCCAGAGAAAAAACAGCUUUCACAACGACAUUUGGGUUACACCAAUUUGUUACACUGCCUUCCGGGCUGUUUGGCGCGCCAGCUACUUUUCAGCGACUGAUGAACAGGUUGUUGAGGCCCCAUGGUGCAUAUGCUGCUGCUUAUCUAGAUGAUAUCAUUAUAUUAAGUAAUGACUUGCAGCGGCAUAAGCAGCAUGUGAGAGUGGUACUGAGUUCGCUGAAAGGGGCUGGGCUCAUGGCCAACCCGAAAAAGUGUGCGAUUGGGCACGUGGAGGUAGAGUAUCUAGGUUUUCACUUGGGACAUGGACAGGUGCGUCCCCAAAUUGAUAAGACUGCAGCGGUUGCGACCUGUCCGUGUCCCAAGACCAAAAAGGAGGUGAGACAGUUCUUGGGGCUGGCGCGAUAUUAUAGAAGGUUUGUGCCUAAUUAUUCCUCACCAGCCCCUUGACUGAUCUCACAAAAAAGGAAGCACCAGAUACGGGUCAGUGGACGGAGCCAUGCCAGCAGGCGUUUACUCAGGUGAAGGCUGCUCUAUGUGGUGGGCCGUUGCUUCACUCUCCUGAUUUCUCUCUACCUUUUUUUGUUGCAGACGGAUGCAUUUGACAGGGGGCUGGGUGCUGUCCUGUCCCAGGAGAUAGAGGGGGAGGAAUGGCCGGAGCUGCACAUUAGUCACAAGCUCUCUAAGAGAGAGACUAAGUACAGCACCGUAGAGAAGGAGUGUUUGGCCAUCAAGUGGGCCGUCCUCACCCUCCGCUAUUAUCUCCUGGGAUGGGAAUUCACCCUCUGUUCGGACCAUGCUCCCCUGUAGUGGCUCCACCGCAUGAAGGAUACCAAUGCAUGGAUCAACCGUUGUUAUCUAGCUUUACAGCCUUUUAAGUUCAAGGUGGUCCACAGGGUGGGUGUCCAGAUGGCUGUGGCCGAUUUCCUCUCCCGGAAUGGGGGUGGGGGGUAGGGGUUUGCUGCAGUCGGGUGUCGGGCGGUGGGGGUAUGUGGCAAGGGGGGCUCGGCGGAGGAUUGCAGCGGAUUCUUACUCCAAUGCUCGCUGGUCCUGGAGAUGGAAUGGCAAAGACGGCUGGCCCAGAAUCUCUGCCUCUAUUGUAGAUCCCUGGGGUCAUCAUAACAUGUUUAAC